AUGGCGCCGGGCAUCGUGGACCCUGUCCCCGCCGAGGCACCAGAGAAGAUGUCCAAUUUGCUCCACCUAACCCAAGACUACCACGACACAAUCCGCUUCUAUCUUAAUGGCACAAAGGUUGUUCUGGAUGAGAUUGAUCCGGAGCUGACGCUUCUAGAGUAUCUGCGUGGUAUUGGGUUGACGGGCACAAAGUUGGGAUGCGCGGAGGGUGGGUGUGGUGCUUGUACCGUGGUGGUAUCGCAUAUUAAUCCGACAACGAAAAAGUUGUAUCAUGCUUCGGUUAAUGCUUGUUUGGCGCCCGUUAUCAGUGUUGAUGGUAAGCAUGUUGUUACUGUGGAAGGGAUUGGCGAUGUUAAAAACCCGCAUCCUGCGCAGCAGAGAAUGGCUGUUGGGAAUGGCAGUCAGUGCGGGUUUUGUACGCCGGGUAUUGUGAUGAGCUUAUAUGCUUUACUGCGUAACAACGAUGGCGAACCCUCUACAGACGAGAUUGAAGAGGCAUUCGACGGCAACCUCUGCCGUUGUACUGGAUAUCGUCCUAUUUUAGACGUUGCACACAGUUUCUCAAAACCAACGGGUUGCAGUAAAAGCACAGCAAAUGGCGGAUCGGGUUGCUGCAUGGACAAUAAGGAGAACGGAGCUGGAGGUUGUUGCAAAUCCAAUGGUGUCUCGAAUGGAGAUAUCUCGAAACUGCCUAAUCUUCCAAGACCAGAUUUCAUCCCUUACAACAAGGAGACGGAAUUGAUUUUUCCGCCAAUUCUCAGAAAACACGAUUUCAAGGCAUUGGCUGUUGGUAACAAGAAGAAGAGAUGGUACCGGCCGGUAACACUUCAGCAGCUUUUGGAAAUCAAAGAUGUUUAUCCAUCUGCAAAACUCAUUGGAGGCAGCACGGAGACUCAGAUUGAAGUCAAGUUCAAGGGGCUGCGUUACAAUCCGUCUGUGUAUGUGGGUGAUAUCGCCGAAUUAAAGCAAUAUACUUUCAAGGACGACCACCUCGAACUUGGAGCGAAUGUCUCUUUGACAGAUCUAGAGCAUAUCUGCGACGAAGCAGUUGAGCGCUAUGGUCCAGUCCAAGGACAACCCUUUACAGUCAUUAAGAAGCAGCUACGCUAUUUUGCUGGAAGACAGAUUCGAAACGUCGCAUCGCCCGCGGGAAAUCUCGCCACUGCCUCUCCAAUCUCUGACUUGAAUCCUGUCUUUGUUGCGUCCAAUACAGUUCUAGUCGCCAAGUCAUUAACCAAAGAAACUGAGAUUCCAAUGACGCAGUUCUUCAAGGGCUAUCGUGCUACCGCCCUUCCUGCAGAUGCGAUUAUUGCUAGUUUGCGCAUUCCAGUAGCUGGAAAGGGCGAACACUUCCGAGUUUACAAACAGUCAAAACGAAAGGAUGAUGAUAUCGCUAUUGUGAAUGCCGCAUUGAGGGUCUCAUUGUCCGAUACCCAUGAAGUUUUGAGCGCUAGUCUUGUAUACGGUGGUAUGGCGCCAAUGACAGUGCCAGCGAAGAAUGCUGAACUGUAUAUCAUUGGCAAGAAAUUGACAAACCCAGAGACAUUGGAAGGUGUUAUGAACGCUUUGGAAGAGGACUUUGAUCUGGGAUUUAGUGUUCCAGGAGGUAUGGCAACGUACCGUAAGACAUUGGCGUUGAGUUUCUUUUAUCGAUUCUACCAUGACGUCUUGUCGACACUCGAAGUCAAAGAAAGCGACAUCGAUCCGGAUCUCAUAAACGAGAUUGAAAGGAACAUCUCUUCUGGACAAAAAGACCACGAUGCUUCCGCCGCAUACAAACAAGAAGUUGUCGGGAAAUCUGGAAAUCACGUCUCUGCUCUCAAGCAGUGUACAGGUGAAGCCCAGUACACUGAUGAUAUUCCUGUGCAGAAGAAUGAACUCUACGGAUGUUUGGUCCUGUCGACUAAACCUCGAGCCAAGAUUUUGAGCGUAGAUGUCGAGGCCGCCCUAGAAAUCCCCGGCGUUCAUGAUUAUGUUGACCACCGCGAUCUACCCUCCCCUGCGGCCAAUUGGUGGGGUGCCCCCAAGUCCGACGAACAAUUCUUUGCCGUUGACGAAGUAUUCACAGCCGGUCAACCCAUCGGCAUGAUCCUUGCCAAUUCCGCCAAGAUCGCAGAAGAGGCUAUGAGACUCGUCAAAGUCGAAUACGAGGAACUCCCAGCUAUCCUUACGAUGGAAGAAGCGAUUGAAGCCAAGUCAUUCUUUCAGCAUUUCAGACAUAUCAAGAAUGGAGAUACUGAAGCGGCGUUCAAGGAGGCGGAUCAUGUGUUUACUGGUGUGUCUAGGAUGGGUGGUCAGGAGCAUUUCUAUUUGGAGACUCAGGCGUGUGUAGUUGUUCCUAAGCCGGAGGAUGGGGAGAUUGAGGUGUUUAGUUGCACUCAAAAUCCUACCGAGACUCAAGCAUAUGUCGCCCAAGUCACGGGUGUCGCUGCAAACAAGGUCGUCACUCGUGUCAAAAGACUUGGUGGGGGAUUCGGCGGAAAAGAAAGCCGCUCAAUCCAAUUAGCAGGAAUCUGCGCCACAGCAGCCAACAAGACAAGACGCCCAGUACGAUGCAUGCUCAAUCGUGACGAAGAUAUUAUCACAUCUGGCCAGCGACAUCCAUUCCUUUGUCGGUGGAAAGUCGGUGUCACCAAGGAAGGCAAGAUAACUGCUUUUGAUGCCGAUGUGUUUGCGAAUGCAGGACACACUCAAGAUUUGUCCGGUGCUGUUGUCGAACGAUCAUUGUCUCAUAUUGAUGGUGUCUACAAAAUCCCCAACAUGCAUGUACGAGGAUGGCUAUGCAAGACCAACACCGUCUCAAAUACUGCAUUCCGGGGCUUCGGUGGUCCCCAGGGAAUGUUCAUGUGUGAGUCAAUGAUUGAAGAGGUCGCUGAUCAUCUCAAUAUGUCCUCGGAUGAUCUGCGCGUAAUGAAUAUGUACAAGGCCGGUGACAAGACGCACUACAACCAAGAACUCAAGGAUUACUUCGUACCACUCAUGUACAAGCAAGUCAAAGAGGAAAGCUCAUACGUGGAGCGACGAAAAGCCGUUGACGAAUACAACAAGACGCACAAGUGGUCCAAACGCGGGUUGUCUAUCAUUCCCACCAAGUUUGGUAUUUCAUUUACGGCUCUGUUUUUGAAUCAAGCUGGUGCUUUGGUGCAUAUCUACCAUGAUGGCAGUAUCCUCGUCGCGCAUGGAGGUACAGAGAUGGGUCAAGGUCUGCAUACGAAGAUGAGUAUGAUAGCGGCCCAGGCAUUGCAGGUGCCUCUAUCAGAUGUCCAUAUCUCUGAAACAGGUACCAACACUGUCGCCAACACCUCCUCUACAGCAGCCUCUGCUAGUUCCGACUUGAAUGGAUACGCCAUCUACAACGCCUGCGAGCAAAUCAACGAACGCCUCCGACCCUACCGUGAAAAGAUGCCUAACGCAACAAUGAAAGAACUUGCACACGCCGCAUACUUUGAUCGCGUCAACCUCUCCGCAAACGGAUUCUACCGCACCCCGGAUAUUGGCUACGUCUGGGACGAGAACAAGGGCCAAAUGUUCUACUACUUCACCCAGGGUGUCGCCGCCGCCGAAGUCCAAAUCGAUACGUUGACGGGAGACUGGACCCCGCUACGAGCCGAUAUCAAAAUGGACGUUGGCCGCAGCAUCAACCCGAUAAUCGACUAUGGCCAAAUUGAGGGAGCCUUCAUUCAGGGUCAGGGCCUCUUCACGACUGAAGAAAGCCUCUGGCACCGCGCCACAGGCCAGAUCUUCACCAAGGGACCCGGCGCAUACAAAAUCCCGGGAUUCCGCGACAUCCCUCAAAUAUUCAAUAUCUCUUUACUCAAGGAUGUGCAAUGGGAGAACCUACGAACGAUCCAACGUUCUCGGGGUGUAGGUGAACCGCCCCUUUUCAUGGGCAGUUCCGUAUUCUUCGCGAUUCGCGACGCUCUCAAAGCCGCCCGAAAAGAAUGGGGCGUGAAUGAAGUAUUGCGUCUAGAGAGUCCUGCGACCCCUGAACGGAUCAGGGUGAGUUGUGCGGAUCCGAUUGUGGAGAGGGCGAGGGUUGUACCCAAGGAAGGGGAGAAGAGUUUUUUUGUAGCUAUUUAG